AUGGUCCUGGGCCUCUUUGAACAAUCCGAAGCCGACAAGCGCGCGGCUGAGGUACGCGCGGGCACCGUUGCGCCUACACGCUCCGAGCGCCAAAAGUGCUGGAUGGCGCGCGACGGCUACUUUGCUUGCCUGGACCGGAACAACAUCAUGGACGCCCUCAAGGACGAGAAAGCGGCCGCGAAAGCGUGCAAGGCCGAGAGCGUCGAGUUUGAGAAGGAUUGCGCUGCUCAGUGGGUUACAUACUUCAAGAAGUGGCGCGUCCAAGACAUCCAAAAGAAGGCUCGCCUAAAGGAGCUCGAGGCCCAGGGCGCCGUCAAGAUGGACGUCAACACCGACUUCAAGGCCCGCGAGUAAAGCGAUUCCGUCCUGAUUCGACUCGGUUCGAUCCCAGCCGAUCCGGAACAAUCCAAUUCAAAUUCGAUGUCGUCUGUUGAAAGCGACUGGUCAGGAAGGUUGAGGUGGGUGAAAGAGAAAAGAGGAGGGACGGUGUAAAGAUAGUGUGUACUUGGUGUAUGUACCGUAUAUAUGCAUGGGAUAAGGCGUUUAAAUUUGAGUUGAUUGGGUAUCUGAAGGAGGA